UGGCUGCUCUCUCUGACCUCAACUGCCACUUCACAGACUUCCUGUGACGUUGUGCAGACCGAUCGAUUUAUGAGCUGUAAUCGAUCUCGCGGUAAUUAGGUGUCAUACGCCGAUCGGUCUGCGCAGCGCAUGAAGUCGAAAAAACAUAAUGUCGACGCUUAUUACGUCCAGCAAAAGACCGCAUCAUAUAACGUUAAUAGUGUUCGGAGCGACCGGAUUUACCGGUCAGUUUGUAGUGGAUGAGCUUGCGCGGACGUGUACCGAAGGUAAACCAGAGCUGAAAUGUGUGGAGGUUAUUGUAGCAGAUGCAGCCAAGCCAGAGUCAUUGGCCAUCGUGUGCAAACAAGGUUUUAUUGUGCUCAACUGCGUGGGACCGUAUAGAUUCUAUGGGGAAACUGUGGUGAAGGCCUGCAUUGAAAAUGGCACCCAUUGCAUUGACAUAUGUGGAGAGCCACAGGUAGUUAUCUAUCACUCUAAAGCGCAGGAGAAUGGUGUGUAAUCAAUACCAGCAGAUUUGGGCAUUCUCUAUACACAGGGUCAGUUCAAAGGAACGUUCACCAUUCUGAAGAGCUUUUUAACUGUAAGCACAGGACCUUAAGGCGGAUGUGGCCAUGAUGCAAUGUGGAGGUCGGCCAUCUUUGGCUUUGCCAAUCUCAAAAGAAUCAAGAAGAAGUUUGGGCAUAAACUCUUAUGAGUUAAAAAGAGAGGAGCACUUUUCUUCAGUAAGGAGAUGGAGCAGUAUGCCAUUCCCUUUAUGGGCUCUGAUCCCUCUGUGGUGCGGAGGACUCAGCGUUACUUGCAUAAGCAACAUAAACACUAUCCUGUGAGUUCUCUGUCCAGUACAUGUAUUGGUGGUAUCUUCUCCGUGGUGAAGACCCUCUUUGCGGGUGUGGUUUUCUGGCUGAUGGUCAAAUUAAGCCUUGGCAGAGGAUUGCUUACUCGGAUUUGUUACAUUGUCUAAGAAUUUUUUACCAAGACUGGACCAUCAAAGGCACAGAUGAAUGAAACGUCUUUCUGCCUGAGGUUUAUUGGGGAGGACCCCUCUCAGGGCAAACCAAUUGCUACGAUCAGCAUAACAGGUCCAGAACCUGGAUAUAACGGCACACCAAUAACCAUGGUGGAGGCAGCUAUUACACUCCUGAAUGAGCCAAACCAUCUCCCUAACACGGGUGGUGUGUACACUCCAGGAUAGGCAUUCGCAAGAACCACCUUAAUUGACUGUCUGAAUAAACAUGGAAUAAAGUUCACAGUGUAG